AUGCCAAGCCCCACAGAGCUCGAAGCUUGUGAAGCUGCGGAGACAGGUCUUCCGCUCUCGGAUGCAAGGACUUGGAUGCAUCUUCGCCCCAAAAACCUGUCCGCCUUGCGCCUGGGUGGUCUUACAGAUGAUUGGGAAGCUCGAAGCUGGAGCAAGGAAUAUAUGAUAAGAAGAUUUGGACAGCUGAAGUUCCGAUUGCGUCCCUGCGUUUCAUUGCAUCAAUAUGGAUAUGCUGGUCCUGCUGAUCGCCUCAUCACCCUGAAAGAAUACUUGACGUCCACGUUCGCCUCAAGGAGGUGUGUGCUCUUUGAGAAUGAUUUUGAUGCCGAAAGACUUGAACUCCUAGAUGGCUUUGCCAUACCACAGCUUCUUUCGGAGAUUCAUGGGUCCCCCAUUUUGAGCGUGGGUCGACGCAACACAGGGAUCGGAUUUCACCGGCACAGUGCCGCGUGGCUGGCGCAACUGCAGGGUCGAAAACUGUGGUUCCUCCUUCCAGGUGGCCGUCGGCCUCCAGAACGGGCUCCUUGGCAGUACCUGACGCAUCGGCCAAAGAGGAUGAUCUGCUGCGUUGCCCAUCCUGGUGAGAUCAUCCUGGUGCCAGCAGGAUGGACCUCAGGCUGCAGAGUCGCAAGCUGGUUCUUUCUUUUGGACGACAGACCUUGUGGCAUGCGACUUGGAACUUGGAUGACUUUUCAUUGGCAGCUGGCUGGGAAGAAGGCAAUUCUGCCACCUGGGGGCCUGAGAUGCAUGCCAUCGUCAAUGGUACAGAUCUUCCACUUGGCUUCGAGGUGUCCGUGCCAGCUCUCUGUUUGGCUGCUCGAUCUGGUCGUGUUGAGACGUUGGAGCUUCUUCUGCAGCGGGGGGGGCUCAGAACUGUUGCGAAAGGUGCAGACGUCGGCAGCUUCCACCGCUGUGGCAGCUGCACGGAGUGGCCAUCUGCGCAUACUUUCGCAUCUCUGGGAGAAAGGUGGGUGCGAUCCCAAAAAGUGGUUCCAAAUGAUGCCGUGGGCAAAGUUAGGUACAAAACCUUGA